AUGAAGCAUUUCGACCGCCUGCUACGUCAUAUCCAGGGCAGGGAGGAAUCAAAACAACAGCAUUCGAUCUCCAAUCAAGUUGGACCUCUGGCAUAUGCUCAUCCACCGCCCAAUGCUUUCGCCCAACAUGCGCCGCAACCCUCAUAUCCACCGGCAGAGCCACUAAGCGUUUUCGCCCAUUUUAUAGUUGGAGUUGCUGGCUCUAUGACACAGGCAGAGUGGGAGCGCGACAUUAUUGAAGCACAAAAAGCGCAUAUUGACGGAUUCGCUCUAAACAUCGCACCCCAAGACGACUAUACCGACCGUGUCCUGCAAACAGCGUACGCUGCUGCCGAGCGAGUUGGAAACUUCUCACUGUUUCUCUCGUUUGACUACGAAUCUGGAGGGCCGUGGCCGUGGGACCGAGUCAUCAGCACGAUCAAUGCGUACAAGAACAGGCCGGCCCAGUACUUCUACAAGGGGGGGCCGCUAGUUUCGACCUUUGAAGGUGUUGGAAGUUCGGGUGACUGGCCUUAUAUCAAGAGUGCUACGGGAUGCAUGUUCAUACCGGAUUGGACGAGUCUCGCGCCGCCAGGCUUACAUACUGUCUAUGAGACAGUUGAUGGGGCUUUUAGCUGGGAUGCUUGGCCGGUUGGUGCACAGGACAAGGAUACGUUUAGUGAUAGGGCAUGGAUUAAUGCGCUCCACGGCAAGCCAUACAUGAUGGCGGUGUCUCCGUGGUUUUACACGAACCUGCCCCAGUGGAAUAAGAAUUGGCUGUGGAGGGGCGAUGACUUGUGGCAUUAUCGCUGGCAGCAGGUGAUUGAGUUACAGCCGGCUUUGGUUCAGGUAUGGUUGUCCCAUCCCAGUAGCCAGUGGUCUCUAACAAUCUCGCAGAUUCUCACCUGGAACGACUACGGCGAGGCGCACUAUAUCGGUCCAAUCUAUGAUUCCGGGAUUCCGGACGGAGCGUCCCGUUAUGUAAAAGGGUGCCCUCAUGACGCGUGGCGCACAUUCCUGCCUCAUUACAUCGACGCUUAUCGUCGACGAAACGCGAUGCUGCGAGAGGGAGUGUCUCAUCCGAACGCCGUGACCUCGUACGCGCCAAAGUAUCCCAUUUCGUACACAGACAAGAUCGUCUACUGGUAUCGACUUAAUCCCAGCACCUCCGGAAGUGCCAACGGAACAACAGGCAACAAUCCCAAUAUGGGCCAGCCUGAACUCAAACCUGGGGAAGUCUCGCAGGACCGAGUGUUUGUCAGUGUGCUUGUGACUGAACCAAGCCAUGUGCAUGUUCGGAUUGGACAUGCAGCACCGGCAAUCUUAAUGGCGAAUCAGCCUGGCUUGAAUCAUUUCUCAGUUCCUUUCAAUGGACAGUCAGGGCCCGUCAGAUUCGCAAUUGAACGGCAUGGGAGAGAGAUCGAGACGGCCGUUGGGCCUGACAUCACGGAAGAAUGCCCUGAUGGUUUGGUAAACUGGAAUGCAUUUGUCGGGUCGAGCUACAGUGGUUCUGGGUAG